AACUACACUAAGCAUGAGAUUAAAAAAACUUAAUAAGGUCUGGCAAGAAGAAAAGUUCUAUCAGACUGCAGAGCCUGAAACCUAAAAGAAAAUUUUAAAUAUCAGCAAGUUAAAUUAAAAAUGUGAUACAUACAAAAGGAGAAAACUCCAAAUACUUUGAGAACUAGGAAUUUAUAGUAACUGUUAUUGAGUCCUAUUAAAAGAAGUGGAUUUUAAUCAACCGAUAUCGACACUUCAACGACUGAUUCAUGAAACCCUAAGCUAAGGGGAGGAUUAAAAUAUAAGUUAGGAGUGAAGAAGGUCGCAAUCAAAGACAGCUAAACACGAGCGUUGCGUGCUUGAAAGAGACACCAAGUCCUGUUUUAAUGGGGAGCAAACUUACUUUCACUUUUUCCCCACUUGAUUUAUUUGUUAUUUUUGGCAUUUUUAUUUGCUGUUUUACAUUUUUACUUAAUUUUCCCUCACGUAUUUGGUUUAUUUCAGUCUCUUCCAGCAGCCCUCCAGGUGUAACUGGGCACACAUUAGCUUGGCUUACCUUUUACCAGGUGUUUUUCUUCUUUCUUAUAUGCCUAUUUAUAUCGUAGGAUACUUGAUAUUUUCAAUAAUAUUUUAGGAGUUUUAAUUUCUUAUACCAUAAUUUCUUACUGGUCAUAUUAGUGGUUUUCUGAUUCUUUUAUUCUAUGGAAAUCCAAUAAGUAAAAUGUCUUUAGUCCUACUAAACUAAUUUUAUAUACAUUGAUUUUUUUUUUUUUGAAAAAAUAUCAUUAGUGUUAUCUAUUCAUACAACUAGCUAAAAAAUACAUUAACUAAUUUAUAUAAAAAAUACUAUAAUUAAUUCAAAAAUCUGUUAGAAAGCCCCCCGAAAUAUAUAUAUAUUUGGCAGACUGUUUUAAUCUUUUUAAAGAAUGAUUAUAUUAAUGACCAGAGAAAGAAAGAGACGUCAAAGAAAGGAUCUCUUCUGACUCGAGCUUCGUUAGCUCUAUAAAUAAUACAUUUCUCCUUCACACUUUCAUUGCAACUCAAAAUCUCAACAAAUAAAGAGUUUCUUUUUCACUUCCUUUUCUCUUCUUUACUUUCCUUGAUUCCUGUAUUUGUCUCUUCUUUGAUCCAAAGGUUGCUGCUCUCUUUCUUCUCGACCAGGUUUACUCUUAACCGGACUCUCUUUCUCUCUUCAAAUCAAAAUCUCUUUGGAUAAUAUCACACGAAACCGCAUAGAUGGAUCAAAAAGUAAGACAGUUUGAGGUUUGCACUCAAGAUGGAAGCGUUGAUCGUCACGGUAAUCCAGCCAUCCGAGCCAAAACCGGCAAAUGGCUCAGUGCUAUUCUCAUUCUUGUGAACCAAGGGCUUGCAACGCUUGCCUUCUUCGGUGUAGGAGUGAACUUAGUUCUGUUUCUGACGAGAGUGAUGGGACAAGACAAUGCAGAAGCUGCCAAUAGUGUCAGUAAAUGGACAGGAACUGUUUACAUCUUCUCUCUGCUUGGUGCUUUCCUCAGUGACUCUUAUUGGGGACGCUACAAGACAUGUGCAAUCUUCCAAGGAAGUUUCGUUGUGGGACUGGUGAUGUUAUCUUUUUCUACUGCUGCUUUGUUACUUGAACCAAGUGGUUGUGGAGUCGAAGAGUCACCGUGUAAACCACACUCAACGUUCAAGACAGUCAUCUUUUACCUAUCAGUGUAUCUGAUCGCGUUAGGGUACGGUGGUUACCAGCCGAAUAUAGCUACCUUUGGAGCUGAUCAGUUUGAUGCAGAUGACUCUGUUGAAGGACACUCGAAAAUCGCGUUCUUCAGUUACUUCUACUUGGCUUUGAAUCUCGGAUCGCUCUUGUCGAACACCGUCUUGAGUUACUUUGAGGAUCAAGGGGACUGGCCUUUAGGGUUUUGGGCGUCUACAGGCUCUGCUUUUGCAGGUUUAGUGCUUUUCUUGACUGGCACGCCAAAGUACAGACACUUUACACCUAGAGAAAGUCCUUGGUCUAGAUUCUGCCAAGUCUUGGUUGCUGCAACAAGAAAAGCGAAGAUUGAUGCGAACUAUGAGGACAUGAAUCUCUAUGAUUCAGAGACUCAACGAACCGGAGAUAAGAAGAUUCUUCACACCAGUGGCUUCAGAUUCUUGGAUAGAGCUGCGAUAGUUACACCUGAUGAUGAUGCCGAGAAGGUGGAGAGUGGAUCAACUUACAAUCCAUGGAGGCUCUGCUCGGUGACUCAAGUUGAAGAAGUGAAAUGUGUGUUCAGACUCAUACCAAUCUGGCUCUGCACCAUUCUCUACUCUGUGGUUUUCACUCAGAUGGCUUCACUCUUCGUCGAGCAAGGCGCAGCGAUGAAGACAAACAUCAAAGACUUCAAGAUUCCAGCUUCAAGCAUGUCUAGCUUCGACAUUCUCAGCGUCGCCUUCUUCAUCUUCGCUUACAGGAGGUUUCUAGAUCCACUCUUUGCAAGGCUUAACAAAACAGAACCCAACAAAGGUCUCACCCAGCUUCAGAGAAUGGGGAUAGGUCUUGUGAUUGCGAUAAUGGCGAUGAUAUCAGCAGGGAUAGUGGAGCUAUACAGGCUGAAACACAAGGAAACUGCUUCGAACUCGAGCUCGUUGAGCAUAUUCUGGCAAGUACCUCAGUACAUGAUGAUAGGUGCAUCAGAAGUGUUCAUGUACGUUGGUCAGCUCGAGUUCUUCAACAGCCAAGCUCCAACUGGGUUAAAGAGCUUUGCAAGCGCCCUAUGUAUGGCUUCAAUAUCGCUUGGGAACUAUGUAAGUAGCCUGCUGGUUUCCAUCGUUAUGAGCAUCUCUACAAGAGAUGAUUUGCCUGGCUGGAUCCCUGGGAACCUCAACAAAGGACACUUAGACAGAUUCUACUUCCUCUUAGCUGGUCUAACUGCAGUUGAUUUUGUGGUUUACCUGGUUUGUGCUAAAUGGUAUAAGUAUAUUAAGUCUGAAGCAAGUUUCUCUGAGUCCACAUCUGAAGAAGAGGUCUGAGUCAGAGAGUUUUGGGGUUUACGCUGUGAAGCUAUGGACAGUAAAUAUCCAAAGCUGAGCUUGUUCUGUCAUAUAUUGGUCUUGUGGUUUUCUUUUGGGAUACUCUUUUGUGCAAAGUUUUGUUAAUGUUCCUAAAUAAAGACAAGUUUGUGCAAUUUUUUUCUCACAUAAUAAUAAUAUGUUGGCUACU